AAGUCAAUUCGCCAUUGAUUUGUUUGACAGUUUAAUAAACAACGCAUAAACACUAGAUGCAAAAAUAGAACGUUAUCUAUCAAUAACUAUAAAGUCUCUUGAGAUUAAAAAAAGAAUUAAAUAGUAACUUAGAAAUUAAUAGUUGUUUAGUUAUUCGAAGCAUUCAUUGCUGUCCAAAAAUGUCCGGAAAAUUAAUUUUUAGCGAAAUCAGCGGGGAUUUGUUUUCGUCACCGCCAGAAUUUGCGUUGGCACAUUGUGUUACAACAAGUAUGGUGAUGGGUGCCGGAAUAGCUCGUGUAUUUAAAUCACGUUUUGGCCGUGUACAAGAAUUGAAAGAUCAAAAUGUUCAAGUUGGUGGUGUUGCUGUUCUAAAACAUGAAAAACGAUACAUUUACUAUUUGGUUACAAAAGAUAAAUUAUACGGAAAGCCAAAGUACGAAGAUCUCAAGUCAACGCUACAGGAAAUGAAAAAACACAUGGUUGCAAAUGGCGUCACAAAAUUGGCCAUUCCAAAAAUUGGCUGCGGAAUUGAUGGUCUCGAUUGGGACAAGGUCAAACAAGUGUUGCACGACGUUUUCGAUGAUGAAGCUAUGGAAAUAGUUGUUUACGUUCUUUAAGAAUUAUAACCUUCUUGCUACUUUGCCAAAACACAAUAUUUUUAUCCAACUUUCUAUCUCUGAAUCACUAGCAUGGCUGAAUAAAACAUUUUUUUUUGUAGAA